AUGAAAUCUGGAAUGAUGACUGAAGACAAACUGAAGGCUAAAAUAGCGGAGUGCAUGGCGUUGUCUGAUCCUGGUCCUCACGUGUUCCUGCUGGUCAUCAGACUGGAUCAGAGGUACACAGAUGAAGAGAAGAACGCAGUAAAAUGGGUUCAGAAGAACUUUGGAGAAGAAGCAUCACGCUACGUCUUCACUCUCUUCACUCAUGCCAAAUAUCUGAAGAAUAAAACACUGAAGGAUCAUGUAGAAGAGAAUGAAGAUCUGCGAAACUUUGUUAUUAGCUGCGCCGGCAAAUAUCAUUCAUUAGAAAAUGACCACAGAGCAAAUCGGUCUCAGGUCACAGAACUACUGGAAAAGAUGGAUAAAAUGGUGGAGAGGAACGAGGAAAGUACUACACUCGUUCUGUGUAUACACAUGUCCAGAGAAAAUUAA